AUGUCGGACAGCAAAGAGCUGAAGAUUGUACUAGUCGGCGACAGCAGAUGCGGCAAGACAGCGAUGCUGAGCCGAUACCUGAAGAGCGAGUUCGUAGAGUACACAUUGCCACAGAUGCCAAUCAUGGUGCUCAUGGAAGACUCCACAUGUCUAAUCCAGAUGCCCACAGACAGAAAACGUCGUCAUAGCUUUACAAGGUCUGGGAGUGGAAGCCCACCCCCUGAAGCUCUUAUAUCUAAUGUGACCAAUAGUAGAGAUCCAAAGCUACUGAAUGCUAGAGUUUUCAUCGGUGGCCUUCCAUCAGAAGUGAUCACUAAACCAGAGGGAACACAGAUUUCAAAACAGAUCGGCGCAAAAGUGUACAUUGAGACUAGCGCCCGCAUAUCGGAGGCAUCGGUGAAGGAGGCGUUUGACGUGGCUGUUCUAGCGGCGAUAGGGAAACUGUCGGACAGGAGCAGUGUCAUACAGAGACAACGCGACUUGGUGAAGCGGGUUUAUAUGAGCAAACUAGACGUUAGAGGCGAUCUACGAGACAAAGCGAUGAGCUGUGAUAUAAUGUAA